AUGAUACACGAUGCCUUAUUAGUUUUAUGGGAUUGUACGCGAGUAAAUGAAAUGUUACAGAUUGAACCGACUCUUUACGCCAAUCAAGGAGAUCCAGAAAUUUAUAGUAGAAUUUGUGCUAUUUCAAGAAGUCAUCAUAAAAUUCAGAAUUUUAUUGCGGCCACAUCCUUCAAUUAUCGGAAAACACACACAGGUGCUAAAACAUUUGGAUUGUAUGGCCAAGCUCUAAGUGAGGGUAUUACAGAAAUUUUACAAUCAUAUAAGAAAACUUUAUUAGAGGUGGAAAGCUUAAUUAUUGGAAAUACGGACUAUACACUGUCAUUUGUGUACAGCUAUGUAGAAAAGUUCCAAGGACUAUUUAAUACUAUCAACAGAAUUAUUACUACCAUUAAAGAAAGAAGACUAACUGGUUGUCAAAUUUUAAGUUUAACUCAUCAACACAUAUUAAAUGGAAAUGAAGUGGUCCAUAAUGCAAUUGUAAGAAUAUUUUCCUGUAUUAAUACUGUCUUUGUCAAUCAAUUGUGCACUUGGUUACUUUAUGGAGAACUAAGAGAUCCGUAUGAAGAGUUUUUUAUUUACCGAAGUAAAAAAGACGACCAUUCAGACACUUUUUUAUCAUCACCAUCGACAAUAAAUACAUGUGAUAAGACUCUCGUCACUACAUUGCAACAAACACCUUUGGAUUGUGGAUACAAUCUUAAUCCUAGCAUGAUACCACAUUUCAUGCCACUUUCAUUGGCACAAGAAAUAUUGUUCAUCGGCAAGACUGUUAUACUGUUUGGUUUCGACCCUAGAAAAGUUAAAAGGAACACUUGUAUUACACUGAAUAGGCCUCUGCUUCCUUUACAUAAACUUGACAAUGAUUCUAGAAGGUUUACAAUAUGGGAGGAGAAGGAAGCAGAGUUUCACGAAAAGUUGCAGAAACUUAAGGACCCGGAGAUUUUUGAAGUCUGUAAUCUGAGAUGUGUUGUAAGGGAGAUAAAGGAAUGUGUUACUAAGCAUUUAUGGACAGUGGCGGUGGAAGAAGCACAGCUGUUACAUGAAUUGCGUCUCAUGAAAGAUUUCUAUCUGUUGGGGCGUGGAGAGCUAUUUCUGGAACUACUGCGUCUUACUGCACAUAUGUUGGACAAACCCACUACUAGAACUUCAACAAGAGACAUGAACCAUGCAUUUCAGUUGGCCGCUAGAGCUGUUUUUUUAAGCAACAGCGCUGAUAUUGAGAAGUUCAGCUUUGAGUUGCCGUACGUGAAACCAAAUUUAUCUGCGAACUCUACUCUCGACGAUGACAGCAGUACUGUUGCAGAUGGCUGGUCAACUAUAAUUUUAAAGUACGACUUCAAGUGGCCUCUGCACCUUCUUUUCGCUCCGGAGGUAUUGGCGCGUUACAACGACAUGUUUCGUCUUUUGCUUCGAAUAAAGAAGACUCAACACGAUCUUCACGCCUUGUGGAAAACUUACAAACAGUCAAGACGGUUUGCUAUGUGUCAACUGCACAACAAGCUCAUGUUCUUAAUGGAUAAUCUGCAACAUUAUUUGCAAGCGGAUGUCUUGGAGACGAAUUUCUCUCGACUCAUGGAAACAGUGAAUAAGACAAAUGAUUUCGAAAAACUAAAGAAAGCUCACGCUACUUUCCUUGCUGAUAUUUUAAGUCAAUCGUUUUUGACUGUUACGUCGCCAUCGGAAAAUGAGUCUGCAGGCGAUGCUGCGGAUUCUAUUAACAAUCCGGUAUUUGUCAAUAUUAUGGAACUAUUGAAACUGUGUGAUUCGUUCUGUAGUAUGAGUGAGUUUGCAUCGGAUAAAGAUGCUGAGGACUACUACAUUAAGGGGUACUCAGAUAGGUUCAACAAAUUGGUGAAACAACUAACUCAGCUACUAGUUUCUUUGCGCGAGCGCGCUUGCGGAGCUUUCUUGGCGCGUCUGCUCAUGCGCCUCGAUUACAACCGCUGGCUCAGUGCUGAAGCUGAAUUGACGCGCUCUCUGACGCAUAUGCUGCGUUGCUGA